GCGCCCCUCACCAACAUGGCCGCCCAAGGUAGGCGGGUUGUCUUGGCGGAAGUGACGAUAUCGCGGGCCGGAAACCCAGUUGGAGGGCUAGGCGACCUAGGGGCUCCGCUUGGUCCCCGGGCUCAGACCGGCAAGAUGCUGCCUUCUGGGCGGCUCCUGUCGAGUUUGGUGCCUGGGCUGCUGCUCGCUGCCCAGGUGGCGGCGGCAUUCGAGCCCAUCAGCGUGGGCCUCGCCAUCGGAGCCGCCUCUAUCCUCACCGGCUACCUGUCCAAGGGCCUGUACUGCCGCUUCUCCGAGUGCUGCCACGAGAAGCGGCCGCUCAACUCGUCGGCCCUCAAGCUGGACUUGGAGGAGAAGCUGUUUGGGCAACAUCUGGCCACAGAGGUGAUUCUCAAGGCGCUGACUGGCUUCAAGAACAACAAAAAUCCCAAGAAGCCCCUGACUCUUUCCUUACAUGGAUGGGCUGGCACAGGCAAGAAUUUUGUCAGCCAAAUUGUGGCUGAGAAUCUUCACCCGAAAGGCCUGAAGAGUCACUUUGUCCACCUGUUUGUACCGACUCUGCACUUCCCUCACGAGCAGCAGAUAAAACUGUACCAGGACCAGUUACAGGAGUGGAUCCGGGGUAACGUGAGCGCGUGUGCCAGUUCUGUGUUCAUAUUUGACGAGAUGGAUAAAUUACACCCCGGCGUGAUCGACGCAAUUAAGCCGUUCCUUGACUACUACGAGCAGGUGGAUGGCGUGUCUUACCGAAAGGCUAUCUUCAUCUUUCUCAGCAAUGCAGGCGGUGACCUCAUAACCAAGGAAGCCCUUGACUUUUGGCGAGCAGGAAAAAAGAGGGAAGACAUUCAGCUGAAGGACCUGGAGCCAGUGCUGUCUGUUGGAGUCUUCAAUAAUAAGCACAGUGGACUGUGGCGCAGUGGACUGAUUGACAGAAACCUCAUCGACUACUUCAUCCCCUUCCUGCCCCUGGAGUACAGGCAUGUGAAGAUGUGUGUGAGGGCGGAGAUGAGGGCCCGAGGUACCGACGUCGACGAGGAUGUCGUCACCAGGGUGGCUGAGGAAAUGACGUUUUUCCCCAAAGACGAAAAGAUCUACUCGGACAAGGGCUGCAAGACAGUGCAGGCACGCCUGGACUUCCACUGACCUCUACCCAAGCCGGGAGGAGGCCCGGGAGCUCAGCAGCCUGGAGCCCGGCCCCUUGGAAGCACUUUGAAGACCUCUUUGGAGUCUGCUCAUUUGCACCUGUGGGCUUUCCGGGUCUAGACUAAGAGUUAGUCUUUGAAAAGACACUAGUCCGUCUAAUGUACUCGCCGUUUGGCAACACGGCAGCAGCCCCACCAUUAAUUGUGGUUAAGGGUGAGCUUUCAAAUCCCCUUUACACCUGAUGGAAGAAGUGCCUUGAAAACUGGUGUGAGCAAAACCUAGGCUCAUUUCUGACCUCAGAACUGAGCUCUACUUAAAGCUCUGGUAAAGAAAAUAUAAUAGUGGGGCCAGGUGGUGGUGCACCUGGUUAAGCACACACAUUACAGUGCACAAGGACCUGGGUUCAAGCCCCUGGUCCCCACCUGCAGGGGGAAAGCUUCAUGAGCAGUGAAGCAGUGCUGCAGGUGUCUCUCUGCCUCUCUCCUCAUCUCCCCCUCCCUUCUCAGUUUCUGUCUCUAUCCAAUACCCCACACAGCAGAUGCUCCUGUCAGAACUGAAGGGCUUCUGGGACUCCACUGCCACCUGGGGAGCUUUAGGCAUCUACCUGCUGAAUUCCUUAGCAUGGAGAGCGUUCAUUCAUUCAUUCCUUGGGCCUAAGUACGUGAUGGAAGUUGAUCUGGAUGGACCUGCAUAUUCAGUCAGGGCCCACUGCAUGAAGGGGCUCCGCCCAAGGACCCUCCAGCCAAUGGAGCAGGCAGGUCUCUUCAUUCUGGCAGCCGUGUCAGUUCUCUGUGUGCCACUUCCACUCUUGACCUUCAGCCACUGCUAGACAUCCCCUCCCCCAGCACACACAUACUGUCACUGAAGGCGCUUCACAAGGAGGCUGUUGACUGCAUUUGAGUCCCGGGUUCCCAUGACGACAUUCUUGUCUGUUAUAAUUUACACGAGGCUCAGUCUGUCACUCUACUUCAUAGAACCAUUUGAAAUCCACACAGGUGGCCCGGCCCAGACCGAGUGACCAGCUUACAGAUUCUCUGUUGCCAAAGAGUGAAAGUGUUAUGCACUAGAAAUGCGGGUUUUCAAGGAUAGGACUUUUUUUUUUUUUUAAAUAAUAUUUUUGCUUCUGAAUUUUAGAUAAUGGAAAUACAAGAUACUGCUUGUUUUUAAACAUGGAGGACACAAAAUGGAAUCAUUGUUUAUGCCUUUCUUAGAUACUCUUCAAACAAAUGAUAUAAUUUUUUUAUCGUUAAAAGUGUGGUACUAUACAGUCAUCAUUGUAGAGCUGAAAUUGUGACUGGUCCCGGGUGUUAGCUGACAGUGACUGCAUGUGGCGGCAGCAGGCUGGACUGCCAUGUCCUAGAGAAAUAAGACGAAGAUUCCAGAUUGUGAGAAUCAUUCCGUGUCUCAUAGUUGCAAUGCAACUGCAGAUGUAAUUAAGACAACAUGAAGUCUUUUUUAUAUACAAGAUGUGAUACAGUGAAUUCUUAGGGGAGUGCUUUUAGAGCAUCACACUUAGUGGGCUUUUUUUUUUUUUUUAAUGCUAGGGUUAGGAUGAAAUAUCUUAGUUCAUUUUUCUCAAAUUGGAGCCAAACCUCAUUUCUUUUAUAACCGUUUGGGUGGCUGGUUAGGAGGAGAAGUUUUCUCUAUUUACAUUGAUGCAAUAAACUUAACACAUGUUGGCCACCUUUGGACUGCUGUCACUGAUGUGUAACUUGGGAAAGGCCACCACUGAUCAUCAUGACCCAGCCUCCCCCACCCUGUUCAAGAUGUGGAUAAGAACUUGAAUUGACCUACUGAAUGUAAACCAAUAAAGCCUAAAUGUUACA